AUGCUUACCGAGUCCCUCAAGAUGUGGCUGGUCGCCUGGAGCUGGUCUCUGGAUGGCUUGAGGGACUGCAUCGCCACUGGCAUCCAGUCAGUGCGGGACUGUGACAACACAGCCGUCGUCACGGUGGCCUGCCUGCUGCUUCUGUUCCUGUGGUACUGUUACCACGUGGGCCGGGAACAGCCCCGACCCCACGUGUCCGUCAACUCCCUCCUGCAGGGCGUGGAUGCCAACGGGCUGCAGAACGGGUCCAUGUACUGCCAGUCACCCGAGUGUGUGCACUGCUGCACGCACCACGAAGGCCUCAACCAGAAGCUUUACCACAAUCUACAGGAAUACGCCAAGCGGUACUCUUGGUCCGGCAUGGGCCGUAUCCACAAGGGCAUCCGGGAGCAGAGCCGCUACCUCAGCAGCCAGCCCUCCAUCCAGAAGCCGGAGGUCUUCUUCCUGCCUGACCUCCCCACGACGCCCUACUUCUCCCGGGACGCCCAGAGGCACGACGUGGAGCUGCUGGAGAGGAACUUUCAGGCCAUCCUCUGCGAGUUCGAGACACUCUACAAGGCUUUCUCUAACUGCAGCCUCCCGCAGGGCUGGAAGGUGAACAGCACCCCCAGCGGGGAGUGGUUCACCUUUGACUUUGUCAACCAGGGCGUUUGCGUCCCCAGGAACUGCAGGAAGUGCCCCCGGACUUACCGCUUGCUCGGCAGCCUCCGGACCUGUAUGGGGAACAAUGUUUUUGGGAACGCCUGCAUCUCAGUGUUGAGUCCCGGGACUGUGAUCACGGAGCACUACGGGCCCACAAACAUCCGCAUCCGGUGCCACCUAGGUCUGAAGACUCCCAAUGGCUGCGAACUGGUGGUGGGGGGUGAGCCCCAGUGCUGGGCAGAAGGCCGAUGCCUGCUCUUCGAUGACUCCUUCCUGCACACUGCGUUCCACGAAGGUUCCGCUGAGGAUGGCCCACGGGUGGUCUUCAUGGUGGACCUCUGGCACCCCAACGUGGCAGCUGCCGAACGGCAGGCCCUGGAUUUCAUCUUUGCCCCGGGACGAUGAGGGUGUUGCCUGGGCUGGAGCCAGGCUGAGUGGAGCCUGGGUAGACUGUGGGGCAG